UUGCUGUCGCAGACAAACCGUAGUAGAGCCAGACCAGACGAAUAAAGAAACGAGAAACGAGAACAAGUAAAAUAUAAAAAAAGUUUUUAAGGUGCAACUGCGAUGUGCUCUUAAUUACUACAGUUUUUUAUUUAUUUAAAUUCUUAAAUUAUAAUAUAUUUAUUGGGAAAAUUAAACAGUUAUAGUUACAGGAAAAGUAACUAGAUAUUAAAUAUAUAAUAAGUGACAAUAAAAGACAAGAGACAUGUUUGUGUCAAGUGCAGUGUUUAUGCUAACACUAUUUGGAUUUUCACAUGGAAUUCCUCCAGAACCCUGGCCAAUACCGACCUCAUUAAAUGAUCAUGGAGUACCUCACUUGGAUCUGGAGAGCGUCGACAGCGGUUAUCAUGGACUCGUUAAAGAAAACGAAACUCUAGUUGAAGUAACACCGCAAAUACGUGCCCUGGGAGCUAAAAUAUGUUCAUAUCGUAUUGCUAAUAAACACCACGGAGAUGCGCCUUUCGAGAUUAUUGUUAAAGAAAAAGGAAUAGCUGUAUUACGUGCAUUACGUGUACUAAAUUGUGAAAAACGCCGCAAUUAUAAAUUCGAUAUCGCUGCUGUUGCCUGCAAUGGUGCACAAUCUGAAAAUGCAACCGUUCAUAUAACAGUAAUUGAUGUAAACGAAUAUGCGCCGCAAUUUUUACAACCAGCGUACGUGAGUACAGUAGAUGAGGGUCGUUUGUACGAAGAAGUUGUCCGAGUUGAAGCAUCAGAUCGUGACUGCACACCUAAAUUUGGGGAUGUAUGUAAAUAUGAAAUAUUAACAGCUGAUCAGCCUUUUGUUAUCGACAAUGAAGGAGCGAUUCGCAACACAGAGCCACUGGACUACGAACGUUCACACAAUUAUAUAUUGAGUGUCGUUGCUUACGAUUGUGGAAUGAAACAAUCAGCGCCAGCGAUGGUUACCGUUAAAGUAAACCGUGUAUGUUCACCUGGAUGGCGCGGAAUACCUGAACGCGUUGAUUAUGCCGCGGGUGCUGGACCACAGCCACUGAUACCUUCAGCACGGCUCGAGUUGUGCGACGCGCCAUGUUUGCUGCGUAAUUUGAGGGCCACACUGACACUGGCUACUGAUCACAUUGGCAAGGGUUGCGACCGUGAUACUUACGGCGUAAGGAGCCAGCGUAAAUUAUGCGGUGCAUCUCGUGACAGUGUUGACUUACUUCCCACUCCGGGACCUACUACCCCUUGGACUGCGAGCUUGUCGCGAGAUGAAGGCCGUGAAGCUGAUGAAAUUUUUGAAUUUGACGGAAGCGUUUCUGCGGCUAUUGUUCCUGCUGAUGUUCUUGACCAUGCACUCGCUCAGAAAUUCACGAUUGGAGUUUGGAUUAAACACCGACCUCGUCCACGACAAGACCCACAUGUCAAAGAACAUAUUUUGUGUGCUGCUGAUGAUCAUAAAAUGAACCGUCACCACUAUGCAUUUUUCAUCCGCAACUGUCGUCUGAUUCUCCUCCUACGUCGUGAUUUCUCUGAAGGCGACCCCAACAUCUUCCGGCCAGCGGAGUGGCGUUGGAAACUACCCCAGGUAUGUGAUGACAGAUGGCACCAUUUCGCCGUACAAGUUGACUUUCCACGCGUAUCACUGUUUGUCGAUGGCGAAGAAUGGGCAUCUGAUGAAAAGAACCCCGAGGUAAUAGACGACUGGCCAUUGCAUCCAGCGAAAGGUGUCAAUACAACUCUUGUAGUCGGUGCCUGUUGGCAGGGAACAGAUAACAAAACAAAACAUCAUUUCCGUGGUUAUUUAGCUGGUUUAUCUGUCUUAGUAGGACGGAAUGAAAAAUCACAAGUAUUGACCUGUUUACGUCGUUGUCAAGAGGGUAUACACAUACCGUCUAUGGAAUUAUUACAGCCAGGUACACAAUUACGUACAAAUUCCGACUUAACAGAAGUACGUAUUGACGGUGACAAUCAUACAAACGUUGAAAUACUACUGCGUCGUGUUGGCUACACAAAUACUCGUCGUUUUCCAACACCUGGACGACGUAAUUUCCGUAUUGACACAACAAUUGUAUGUGAAGGCAGUGAAUCACAUCCACUACAAAUACCCUCAGUGCAAUCAUAUGUUACAGUAUUACCACCACCACGUCCUGGUAUAACUGUUAAUGGUACUGCGUAUGUUGCACGUGAAUAUGCUGAUUUUCGUUUAGGUGUACGUAUAUUCCCCGACGCUAAAGUAACUGCUGGUACAGCAGCACGUUUAGAUGCAUGUGCUGUCAGUGUUUAUCCAAGUUUAAAUCCUGAUCAUGAAUCACUUGGAUUACCAACCGAUGCACUACAUCAAUUUCAUUCAAUAACAUCACGAAUUGAUCGUGAUGGUGUCGUAUUAUCUGGUGCUGAUACACCAUACAAGUAUCAACAAUUAAUACGUUUGAUAACUUAUACUAAUCGUAAACCGGCGUACUAUCUUGACCGUGUAUUUAAAUUAACGUGCUCUGAGUUGAGCGGUAGAUUUGCUAGCAAUGAGUACGUCCAGACAUUGGCUGUCAUACAUCCUAAAGAAAAACCAACAGCAUCACCAACAGCCCAGUCACCCUCACACUCAACGCCGGAGAUUCCACCAAUUGUUAAAAUACUUGAGCCAAUUCAGGGACACGUUCAGUUGUCACGUCAUCAUGCUGAUACUUCUGAUGAAUAUUCAACGAGUCAAUUACAUGACGGCCAUACAUUAAUUGGCGCUAGUGGUAGCAGUCAUUCAAUAACAAUUAUUGCAGCUAUUUGUAUUGGAUUUUUAAUGCUCCUGGCUGUUAUUGGGUUCAAACGCGUGCGUGGAGCUGCGUCGGCAGCUAAACAACGGUGUGCAGUUGGUGGUGAUGAAUUGACUACCGAAACUGAGAUGGCUUGGGAUGAUUCUGCCCUUGCUAUUACUGUUAAUCCGAUGGAUCGCUUGAAUGAUAAUAAUGAAUCACAUAAUAACGGGAACAGAGAUGACGGUGAUGAUGAAUCUGGAUCGUCAGACACUGAUGAUGAUUCAUUUCGCGACGAUGAUUUAGACACUAGUGAUUGUGAUAAUGAUUGUGACUUGAAUCACGCUAGACAUACCCGUCAUCACAAUGCCCCGCAUCAUGAUCUUGAGUGGGAUCAUCGUGAUGUUUAAAAGUAUCUUUAAUAAUCAUUUGUAAAAUCAUCAUAACGGUAUUAAGACGAGUACUCUGUUUUAAAUUUUAAUAUUUAUGAAGCUAUUGCUUCUGUGCCCUUUUCAUUUGUCAGCUCAACGUUUAUACUGAAAAAAUAAAUAAGUGAUCCGAAUAAUUGAUCACUUUAUUUUUAUUAUUUUAUUAAAUAUGAAUCUUUUUAUUUUAUAACUUUUGAAAUCAUAAAAUAUCUCAAUGAUUAUUCAAUCUUUUUUUUUUAGAUAAAACUUUUAUCUAUGUUUCGAAUAAGAAUUGAUGUAUUUAUACAUUUAAAAAUUGGAUUAUAUUUUUUAAACUUUUUAUUUCGAAUAAUAAAAUAUUGCGGGAAAUUUAAAAUAUUUAAAAUUGAGAUAUUUUAAAUAUUUAAAGUUGAGAUAUUUUACUUUAAAAUUUAUAAAAUAAAAAUUUUAUAUUCAAUAAUAAUAAUAUAUGUGGAAAAAAUACUCGGAUAUAAUUACAAAUGAACAUUUUUAUAUGAUCAUAUAUAAAAAAAUCGCCUUAUCUGACCAUGCAUGAUCAUAUCUGGUAUAUGUGGUCAUAUAUAAUCAAGCCUGAUUAUAUAUAUUCAUAUAUGAUAAGAUACGAUCAUAUCUGACAUCAAAUGUGACCAGGUAUUAUUAUAUAUGAUCGGGUAUUAUAUCUGAUAUCAUCAUAUAUGAUCAUACCUGAUCAGAUUAAAAUUUGAACAUGACCAUAAAUGAUCAUAUAUAACCUGAUAUCAAUUUAAAUAUAUAUUUGAUCAUGACGGAAAUCAUAUAUGAUAUCAUGUGUAGUCAUAUAUAAUCAUGCCUGAUCACAUAUAUCCAUAUAUGAUCAGAUACGAUAAUAUCUGACAUCAAAUAUGACCAGGUAUUAUUAUAUAUGGUGGGGUAUUACAUCUGACAUCAUAUGUGAUCAUGUAUGAUGUUAUACCUGAUCAGAUUUUUAUUCAAACGACCAUAAAUGAUCAUAUAACCUAAUAUCUGAGCAAUUUAAAUACAUGUGAUCAUGUCGGCAAUCGUAUAUGAUCAUAUCUAGUAUCAUAUGUGGUCAUAUAUUAUCAUAUCUGACAUCAUGUAUGGUCAUAUAUACUAUAAUAAAAUUUAGAUGAAAUAUAUGUGAAGCCAAACUAUUCGUAGCGUGAUUGGUCGAAAGCGAAAAAACAUAUGAUCACUUAUUAUAUCUGAUAUCAUAUGUGAUCAUGUAUGAUGUUAUAUAUGAUCAUACCUGAUCAUAUAUAUCCAUUUAUGAUUGGAUACGAUCAUAUCUGACAUCAAAUAUGAUCAGGUAUUAUUAUAUAUGAUGGGGUAUUAUAUGUGAUAUCAUAUGUGAUCAUGUAUGAUGUUACGUAUGAUCAUAUUUGAUCAGAUUUUCAUUCAAACGACCAUAAAUGAUUAUAUAACCUAAUAUCUGAUCAACUUGAACAUAUGAUCAUAUCGGAGUAUUUUUUUCCUGAAAUAAAUAAUUUAAAUACAACCUAGAGCUGAAAUUCGUUUAUUUUUUACGACGUUAUUGAUUAGACUAGUGGGCACUAAACCGAGAAGACAAUUAAAUAAAUUUAAAAUAAAAAAAGGAAAGAAAUGAUGAUUGAUGAUUGAUUAAUGAUAAGAGAUGUAGAAGCGUCGUAUAUCCGUCCCUAUAGAUGGAAUUUUUAAGUAUAAAAAAAAAUAAUUAUUAAUUAAAUACCACAAAGUUAGUACUCCGCUUAAGCACCGAAUUAAAAAAAAACGUAAACUAAAAAAAAAUUUAUAAGUAAAGAGCGCACGCUUAUUUAAUUAGAUUUCUAUUCACACGUCUUAUGACGAUAGAUUGAAUACAAUAAAUGACGCGAAAAAAUAAUUUUUAAAAUCAAUAAUCGUAAAGUCAUCCAUAUUUACAAUAACAAAAAACAAAAAAUAUAUAUACUAAUAAACAAUGUUUCAUAUAAUUAAUUGCCUUUUUACAAUUCAUACUCGAGAUAAAUAUUUUUUUUAUGCCUCAAUAUUUACUUUUAGAUAAACAAAGGAUUUAACUUUUAAAUGUAUAAGUAGAGAUAAUGUAUUUGCAAUUUAAUUUUUUAGUACUUGUUAUUAUUGAAAAAAAAAAGCAAAAAAAAAAGAGAAAAAAAAAACAAACAAAUCCUUUUAAAAUUUUUUAAAAUACAAACAUGA